AUGGGAUCUCCUAUCAAGCUUUCUCUGUGGUUUGCUGUCUUCGUAUCGCUGUUGAUGCUUUCAGGCCAUCCUUUACAAAAGCUUCCCCAGCUCACUCCACAAAGAUGGCUCAGUACAGAUAGUUCAAUACCCCAUAUGUUCCCAAACUUAGAAAGUACUGUGAAGCCGGUAAAGGGGCCCACUGCUCUUGCUCGUGGUACGACGGGAGCUACAAAAUUGCGGGCCUCGUCAUCCUCAACUAGCACAGCCGACAAAGUCGAAAUAUUGACGGUCCCAUCACCGUUAACCUGGGAUAGUGGCUUCGGAGGAAUAACUGAAGAUCAACAUGUGCAUCAUCUUAUCCAAGAUAUUCAAACUGUAAUGUAUUAUGAUGAGUCCAAGGGAUUCACAGACAAAAAUCGAGUCUUGAUCGAUAGGAUUUCGGGAUACAUUUUUUCUGAGAAAAGUAAAGACAUGCGACGUGGUGUUGAGGCAGCCAUCGAGGGACUAUACGUAAUAUCUCAGAACCGUAGACUGUCUUCCUAUACAGUAUCAUAUACCAAGAACAUCAUCUACGACCUCUUGAUCAAGAGGCACAAUAUCUGGGCAGAAGAUCUGUCAUGGCAAACAUAUUUCAGUCUAGACUGCAAAGAGAUUCAUACAUUCCUCGGGGCGGUUUUGAAUAGCGGAAAGUUUGAUGGUGAAGCUACUUGGCGAUUUAUCCAGAAAACCUUUGAUCAACGACAAUCUUUAGAAGUUAUGGCCCAGAAGUCAAUCAACGGUAAAGCCGCUCUGGAUCAGAUCACAAAUGAUUCUUGGGAACUAUGGAUUCCAGCAUUCGUUAUGGCGACAGGUGUAACGAAAACUCACGAGAAGGAGCUCUUGCAUCUCCUUCGUGAAUUCUCUCAAUUGACUCCUGCUGAGACUUCUGAUACGUUUCUGACUUUGAGGAACAAUGAAAUCAAAAUUAUGGCCCAGAGAGCAUGCGUGGUUUUGGCAGAACGGUCUGAGAAAUUAAAAGCAUACUACAUCUAUUCAUUGCAAGAGUCCGCGAACGAAGUCUUGAACAAGAAUAAGAAUCUUGGGGUAGGGAUCAAGGAUAUGGUGGCAGAAUUUACCCAGGAUUCCGGUCUCCUACAAACAACAUGGAAGAAUGAACUCAGCACGUCGGCCCAGCUGAACUUCAUGACAGAUCUUCGCUAUCAGAAUCGAAUUCACCUCCUCGUAGAACUCGCUACAUCGCGUAUACUCGAAAAAGGUCCAGAAGUUUCUCAUGACCUACUUUUCAAGGACGUUUUGAAUACCUUAAAACAUCAAAGGCAGCUCCCCAUACCGGUUCCAGAUCGACAGAUGUUUCUUGCCAACGCAUUGCGGAAACUCUCACAAAUAAUAUCUUACAACAGGCCUACAACCACGGUUCACCCGCAAAGUGCUAGAAGAUGA